AUGGUUGACCGCGUAGCGAAGGACUUUGCAACGGCCUGGCAGCAGCAGAUGCCGAUCAUUUCGCUGUGCACCACCGAGGCUGGCAAGUUGACGCGUGUUCUGAACCGCACGCUCACGCCGGUGACGCACCCGAUGUUGCCUGCUGCGGCGGCGCCCGGACAGCUCUCAGUCGAGGAGAUCAUGACUCUGCGCAAACAGCUUGGACUGCUCCCAGCGCGCGAGUUCUUCUUGUUUGGGUCGCCGAUCCAGAAAUCACCUUCACCAGCGAUGCACAACGCUGGCUUCGCAUCCACGUCACUGACCUCGCUCUUCACUUACGGACUGCACGACACCACGGACGUUUUGGAGAUCGUGAAGCGCAUGCAAGCGUUUGACACGAACUUCGGUGGUGGCUCCGUCACGAUUCCUCUCAAGGUAGACAUCAUGGAGCAUCUGGACGAGUUGUCGCCAGCUGCACAGGCCAUCGGUGCAGUGAACACGAUCAUGCGUCAAGACCGCAACGGCGCGCCGUACUGGAAGGGCGACAACACGGACUGGCUGGGCAUUUUACGUCCCAUUAGCAAGCGGUUGGCCACACUCGGCGUCAACAAACCUGCGCAUGAGUUGACGGCACUUGUGGUUGGCGCUGGUGGUACGUCCAUGGCGGCGUCGUACGCGAUGCGUCAGCUGGGCGUCGGCAAGUUGUUCAUCUUUAACCGCACACUCGAGAAGGCUCAGGCCGUGGCUGUGCGCUUCGACGCUGAGGCCUUGUCGGAGUUAACAGUUGAGUCACUUGCCCAGGUGGAUGUGGUUGUAGGCACGAUCCCGGCACAGGCUGGUUUCCAGCUACCUGAGCACCUCGUGGCUCCACGAGCAGACGGCAGCAAGGUAGUGGUGCUGGAUGCUGCCUACAUGCCUCCUAUCACGCCGAUGCUAGCACACGCCCAUGCAGCGGGAGGUGCGUUGUGCAUCCAGGGCUACGAGAUGCUGUACGAGCAGGGCAUCGAGCAGUUCUAUCGCUGGCACAAGGCGACGCAGGUGUGGACCGUGGAUGAGGAGGCGAUCAAGGAAGCUUGCCGUCAACACGUGCCAGUCGACCAGCGACUCUCACAGGCCUGAGCAUGAAAGUAAAUAGCUGCUACUGCUUCAUUCGUGGCUGACACGUCAAGAGACUCAAUAGCAGACAAUAUACACGUGAAAAAAAAAGCGAGGACCUCGCGCAUUAUCCGAUCC